AUGUUUAGUAUUGUCCAGGUUUUUGUCCUGUUCAUUUGCAGUGUGGGUGCUGUAGUGACUCACAUACAAACACAGGAGCAGUUUUUCAACCUUGUGAACAAUGGCACAGCCACCUACACCGUGGUAAAGUAUUUCACACAGUGGUGCACGCACUGCAAGUUGAUGAAGCCAGUGUACGAGGAACUCAGUGCAUUGGACACCUACAAAGCCCCCUUACAGUUUGUAGAGGUUGACUGCGAAUUGUUUGGGUCAUCGCUAUGUUCUGGGGUACCCGGUUACCCUAUGGUCAAGUUGAUCACUCCAUUGGAUGAACCUUUGUCCUUGAGCGACUCACCCCUCACGACUGAAGCGGGAAAUCUACCCCUAUGGAGACGUUUGUGGGAGAAGAUGUGGGGCCCCAGUUACUCAAAUCCACUGUACCAGGUCGCCAGUGACCGCAUCAUCGAGUUUAAGGGUAGAAGGAAUCUCCCCUCUUUCCAGAAUUUCUUGAACGCCGCAGUCUCCCAGAAUGAAUUGCGGAGGUUGUUCGAUUCCGUGCUGUUUGGUCACCCUGCGGAGAGACAACCCCUAACAGAACCGUCAUUGACAUUGCAUUACUACUACAACGAAACCGUCAGCCCCAUGCUGAAUUGGUCGCCAGAUCGCAACGAGUACGCCAUCAACGAUGACAAACUGUUCCAAAGUGAGAUAAGACUACUAGAAAACGUCAUACGGACCGCUGCAUCCACCGCUGCUGGCGAUGGCGACCGUGACGGUGAUGACAGGGCCGCUUCAGACAGCCAGCGGGACAUCGCCGAAACCCUAAGACUGAAAUUAGGGUUCUUGAACCACGUCGCCGAAGCGGUAAGCCCUAAUUUUGAACAUUUUGCAAGCCCUAAUGAUAUCACUCGCGACGAACUGUGA